GGGGGAUACUUCACCAGCAAUGAACUGAAGUAAUGAAAAGAGGCAUACGCAGAGCACUCUGUGUCACUCUGAGGGGAGAAAAACAGAGAAAAAACUACAUCCUGAGCUGAACCACAAAACCACCAUAUUUAGCCUUAACUCACAGAAGAACUAAACUCCUCUGGUUGAUUAUGAUGGCACUGAUGACUCGCACACUCCUCUGGAGUCUGGAUGGAUUGUGGUAACAAGGUUACAGGACUGAUGUGUGAGGGGUUACUUCUUCAUCGUAAGGACUACAGACUGAACUGCCUUGCAGGCGUUUUAUCUGUGGUGCUGCUGUCGGGAUACGGUGAAGCGGGGUUAUUAUGUGCCAGCUUGACGGGACCAAAUGCAGCUUCUUGGUGUGCCUGGGGAUGAGUAUUGUUAUCUGCUCAGUCAUUUAUUUAAGGACCAGAAUGCCAAUGGAGCCCAAACCCCAAGAGCCCCCAAGUUGCAGGCCCUUCUCCUCUGCAUGUAAAGCUUUUCUGCCCGGCAUUAGGAGAGGAUUGAAGUGGCACCGACGCGACUGCCAGGUGGAAAGUUUGGUUCUUGAUAGUGGUCUGCAGUGUUCUGCUCUGAUCAGAGACCUACACUUCAUCACAACACCCCUGAGCCGUGAGGAGGAGGACUACCCUUUGGCAUACAUCUUGACCAUCCACAAAGAGCUGGGGCUUUUUGUGCGCCUGCUGCGUGCCAUUUACACGCCACAGAAUGUCUACUGUAUCCACGUGGAUGCUAAAGCUCCACUGGAGUACAAGCAAGCUGUCAAGAGGAUAGUUAGCUGCUUUAAAAACACCUUCCUCUCCAGCCGCAGCGAGACUGUGACCUACGCGGGGUUUUCCCGCCUGCAAGCGGACCUGAAUUGCAUGGCGGAUCUGGCAGAGUCCAAGAUAGGCUGGAGGAAGGUGGUGAAUCUGUGCGGACAGGAUUUCCCUAUAAUGACUAACCUGGAGCUGGUGCGGUACAUGCAGAGCAAAGAGUGGAGGGACAGGAACAUGACGCCCGGGGUGAAGCAGCCAAUGCACAUGAGAUACAGGACUCAGCUUCAGCACAGCGAGAUCACGGGGUCUCAUGUGGCUCUGAAAGGGCAUGGACUAAAGAAAGGUCCUCCUCCACGCAAGCUGCAGGUGUAUUUUGGGACGGCAUACUAUGCUCUCACGAGGGCAUUUGUGUACUUUGUGCUGAAAAGCCCCAUUGCUUCCGACCUGUUGGAGUGGUCCAAAGACACGUUCAGUCCGGAUGAGCAUUACUGGGUGACGCUCAACCACGUCAAAGAAGCUCCAGGCAGCCACAUUGACGGAGGUUGGGCAGGAGACAUCCGAGCAAUCAAGUGGAGGGAUCAAGAGGGGAGGGCACACAAUGGCUGCAAAGGGCGUUACGUAAGAGACAUCUGUAUCUACGGAUUGGAAGACCUGCCCUGGAUCAUCAACAAGAAGAGCAUGUUUGCCAAUAAGUUUGAGAGCAACACGUUUCCAGAGGCACUGGACUGCCUGGAGCAGUGGCAUAGGAACAAAGUGUUGAGCCAGGCGACUGUUCCAAUAGAUCUGUCAUGGCCGCUGGCAACACGGAUCAACUCAAGCAGGAACUACUUCAACAGCAGUGCUGGAGCGUGAAAACAGUUGUUGGUAUCCUUGAAAAGUCUGUGUCCGUGCAGGUUAGAAUAUUUGCACUCACUCAGUGGCUGUGAAUGCCAGGACAUGUGAAGGGAGAACAGCAAACUAAAGCAAGCAUGUGAAAGAUACUACAGCAAACAACUGUUCCCUUCCUUCUUUGUCUAUUUAUAAAACUGUAAGCUGACUGUAAUUUUUUUGAUAAUCAGGAGGCAGCGAAGAUGAUGACAACAUAUUGACUAUAAAGUGUUGACAUUCCAGCUAAAGCACAACUAACAUUUGACAUUACAAGUAAAUAAGAGAAACUAUUCAAAGCAUCUGCCCUACACUAAGUAUUACAUAAACUACUGAUUAUCCAUUUACUGUUGUUUAAUUUAAUUGAAUGUUUGAUAUUGGUUGAUUUAAUAUUGUUCUGUGAGGUCCUGUUAUAACAGUCGUUAAGAAGAACUACUGCCUUGUUUUUAAUAAAUGAAAAAGGAAAUGUAAAUAAAGACUAUUGUGAA